CCCGGAGCGGCUCCGGGGGUUCGGAGCGGGAGGGGGGAGACGGAGGGAGCGCGCGCGGCCUGGCCGGUGGGGAGACGUGGUUCUGUGAAGCUGCCUCCCUGCAGCCAUGCACUCCCUCGUGUUCCUCUGUGCACAGAAGGUGGUUUCCCACCACUCCACGGUGCGCGGUGCCUUGGAGUUCAUCCCAAAGGAGUUGUAUCCAGUCUUGUUCAAGGCAGCUUUCAUGGACAAGAGGACCCUCGUGCUGCAAGAUCUGGUGCAGACAUGGCCUUUCCCGGUACUCAGUUUCCAGAAGCUUUUGCGGAAGUGUCAGCACUGUGACCGGGCUCUGCUCCAGGAAAAGCCCAACAAGCUAUGUGUGCAGACUGUCAUCCUGGGAGUGGUGACCUACCUGAAUGAGGCUCUCGAAGACCGAUUCCACAGCCAAAGCAGGAGGCAGCGCCUGCAGGUUCUGGACAUGACGGGGCUUCAGGAUGAUGGAAUAGACCAGGGCCCAGAAAGCAUGAGCCUCUGGUCCAGGACUGUGACCCUGGCGAAAGCGUGCAUUGACGUUUCCAAACACCAGAGCAAGUGCACCAAGCGCACCUCGAAGCGGAGGAAGGGCCCCUACAGCAGCGCGGUGGCUCUGCCGCCGCCACAGCCUGUUUCUGUGGAAGUCCACGUGGAUCUCUUUGUGAACAGCACCUCUUAUGGAGUCCUUAAAGAUGCCUUGCAGAACAACGCCAACAGCAUGCUGCGGCUGAAGUGCCGGGACUUCCGGGCUGAGGAGCUGCCCAUUGCAAGUACCGUGGGGCUCCUGGAGUUCCUGGAUCCCACCGGUGUUCGGCAGGUGGAUCUGAGAUUCAAUAACCUGGGGCUGUCUGGCCUGAGGGUGAUUCUCCCGCACAUGGCAAAAUUCACCAACCUGGUCAGCCUGAAGCUGCCCUACAGCAACAUUGAUGUGAGACGGCUCUCAGCGGGGAUGGAAGGAAGCCUCCACUACUUCGCCACUCAGCUCAGUAGAUUGUCCUGUCUCAAGGAGCUGAAUUUGGGCUCCUCCAGGCUUUCCGGAAAGCUAAGGCAACUGCUGGGCGAUUUGCAGGGUCCCUUGGAAAGCCUGGAGCUGGCCUUCUGCUACCUGCUCCCCAAUGACCUCGCCUACCUUUCGCAAAGCCUUCACACCCCCACCCUGAAGAAGCUGGACCUCAGCGGCAACAACUUGUCUGACUCGCUUCUCCAGCCCUUCCAGCAUCUCCUAGAAGAGGCCUCCUCAUCCCUUCUCCACCUGGACAUCAUGGAGUGCCGCCUGAUGGAUAUCCAUCUGGAAUCGCUUCUCCCCGCCCUGUGCCGCUGCUCUCAACUUCGCUACCUGGGGGUGUUUGGCAACCCCCUCUCUACGCGGGGGCUGAAGAACUUGCUGCAGAGGACCAUGGGCCUAUUGUACUUGCAGCUCGUCAUUUACCCCUACCCUGUGGACUGCUACAGUGAGAACCUGCCCUGGCCCCCCACCUCCUCUAACCUCUUGAAUGGUUCUGUGGAUGAAGAGAAGUUUUCCAGGGUGAGCGCCGAGCUGCAGCAGAUGCUGCUGACUGCAAGCAGGGCCGACGCCGUCUGGACCACGAACUUAUGCAGGCACAAUACCUUAGAUUAUUUUAAUUUGUAGCUCGCCAGGAAUGCACAACCAAGGAGAAAACAAACUGAUCAGGCUGAGCAUUUUUAAUGCCCCUUCAAAGUUGAACGGGUCAGCGGACGCAGCAACAACACGUUUCUACACUUUUAUUAACCGCAUCUGUGUAGUGCAUGAAUUCAAAUGGAAGUUCUCUUCUCCCCUUCUCCGUUCAGUAAAGCUGACGUUAAAGCUGC